CUGAUGUAACACAAGAAAGGUAUUAGUGUGUGUCUCUCUCCACAACACUGCCACUCCUGCGGGGGUGUCGACAAGAGAUUUGUUUGGUCAUGUCAUCUAUUUUCAUCUAACCUUAACCCGUCCGCUGCGAUUGGCACGAAUUUGGCCUUCACUGGUAGCCUGGUAACACAUACUCCCAGGUCUUUCUCUGCCUCUGUGGUGGAUAGUGGAGUGUUUCCCAUGUGGUAUUGGUGUGCUGGAUAUCCCUUCACUGGUAGCCUGGUAACACAUACUCCCAGGUCUUUCUCUGCCUCUGUGGUGGAUAGUGGAGUGUUUCCCAUGUGGUAUUGGUGUGCUGGAUAUCCCUUCACUGGUAGCCUGGUAACACAUACUCCCAGGUCUUUCUCUGCCUCUGUGGUGGAUAGUGGAGUGUUUCCCAUGUGGUAUUGGUGUGCUGGAUAUCCCUUCACUGGUAGCCUGGUAACAUACACUCCCAGGUCUUUCUCUGCCUCUGUGUUGGAUAGUGGAGUGUUUCCCAUGUGGUGUUGGUGUGCUGGAUAUCCCUUCACUGGUAGCCUGGUAACAUACACUCCCAGGUCUUUCUCUGCCUCUGUGGUGGAUAGUGGAGUGUUUCCCAUGUGGUAUUGGUGUGCUGGAUAUCCCUUCACUGGUAGCCUGGUAACAUACACUCCUAGGUCUUUCUCUGCCUCAGUGGUGGAUAGUGGAGUGUUUCCCAUGUGGUAUUGGUGUGCUGGAUAUCCCUUCACUGGUAGCCUGGUAACAUACACUCCCAGGUCUUUCUCUGCCUCUGUGGUGGAUAAUGGAGUGUUUCCCAUGUGGUAUUGGUGUGCUGGGUAUCCCUUCACUGGUAGCCUGGUAACAUACACUCCCAGGUCUUUCUCUGCCUCUGUGGUGGAUAGUGGAGUGUUUCCCAUGUGGUAUUGGUGUGCUGGAUAUCCCCUCCCAAGAUGCAGGACCUUAUAUUUUUCUUCAUUGAAUUGUAGCAGCCAGUUUUUGUUCCAUUCCUGUAGCUUGGUGAUGUCUUCUGGUAGGAAAUCCGCUUUCAAGGGGUUAAAACAAUCACCACCAACUCCACAAAAGGUUACAUUAUACUUGAGUCCUCCACACGUAGCUACCAUGCGUUUGCUUCCUCCAACACUCCAGUGAUUUAUAACAUUAUCACUUGCUCAUCCCCCCUUCAAACACCCAUUUUUCUUCGAGCAGGUCGCCAAUGAAACAUCAGAGGCCCGUUCCAUAUCUACCUCUAAGGUAACGCAACUCUCUUUUUUUUUUG